AUGAUUGAUUAUGUUGGUAGCAAAACCAAUAAUAGCAAUGAUGCCUUUGUAAAUCAGCAUAAUAACAAAUACUGUCCAAAAAAUAUCAGUAAUACUGAAGAUAAUGAAUUAAUUGAAAAACAUAUUGAAAAGCCAACUGUGUCAUCUAAACGACCAGUUUACAAAAAGAAAAAAUAUUGGAUUAUUUGCUCCAUUUUAACUGUUAUCUUCAUUAUUGUAAUUGUUCUCUUGGCCUUAUUUGUAUUCUUUCCAAAGAUUGCACAGUCUUUAAUGAAUCAAUCGAAAAUUGACGUUACUUAUAGUCAAAAGCGUAAUGAUAACAAUAAUAUAAAUACAGCAUUUUACAUGCAUAUGGAAAGUUCUCUAAGUAAUACGGGUCCAUUUUCUGUCAAUAUUAAAUUUCAUAACCCCAUCGAGGUUCUUUACAAAGAUCAACUUUUAGGUGAUAUUUACAUUUUCAAUAAUACACAUGUCUCCGGGGGCCAUGGUACCUUAAAUGCAAUUACUCCCUUCUUUAUCAAGAAUGAAUCAGCAUUUACUUCUUUUGCGAAAGAUAUGUUGGCAGUUAAGGAAUUUAAAUGGACUCUUAGAGGGAAGUUAGAUAUUACUGCCCUUACUAGAACUGCUACUGUUAAUCUUGAAAAAGAAAUUGUGCUGAAUGGCAUGAAUGGCUUUCCUGAUGUGAAAAUCAACUCUUUCUUACUUCCUAGAAAUGCACCAGAAGGAGGAAUUCUAGUAGAGUUAGAUACGGUCCUUACAAGUCCUUCACCAAUUGGUGUUCAACUGGGUACGAUUAGUCUUGCUUUAGGCUAUGAUGGAAUCAAUCUGGGGAAUGUUCAAGCAACAAAUGUUAAUCUUCAAAAGGGUGAUAAUAACAUUUUCUUAAAAGGUACAUUAAUUCCGCAUAAUGAUACUGAAUCCCUUGAUAAAAUUGGUGUAUUAUUCUCAAACUAUAUUUCUGGAAGGAUAUCUAAUACCUCUGCGACCGGUAUUUCAGCUGCACCUGAUGGUGUUAACUCAGUUGGAUGGCUUUCCGAAGGCUUUCAGACAGUUCGACUUAAUAUUGCUCUUCGUGCUACAAAACCUCUUAAUAUUAUUAAUACGAUUGAUAUGGGAUAUUUGGAUUUAAAAUUUGAUUCUGCUAAUCCAUAUUCCCCUAUGGCUAUUGCCCCUAAUGUUACUGCAGGAUAUCAAAUACCUUUUGGUUUCUCACUAAAUAUAACAGAAGUUACUCAAAAUAUUUCUCUUGCUGUUAAUACCUCUAGUACAGAAUCAACAGAGUUUGCUAUAAUUAGUAUCCCCUAUGUUCCUACUACCAAUAAUCAAGAAGCAGGUACAUUAAGAUUUGCUAUUGAAAAUAAUCCUAUAGCUGGUAUUCCUGGGAAAGAGAGUAUAUUUAAUCAAUACACUUACGCAUUGACUACUUCUAAAAACUAUACAUUUAUGAUCUCUGGGAAUGUUUCCAUCAAAACAAACACUCCUGUUGGCCCAAUUAAUUUAGAAGGAAUAACUUUCUUUUUACCUACCUCACUUUAUGGUCUUCAGUUUUUAAAUAGUACUGCUACUAUCAUUAACUCUAUUGAUGUCACAGGUGGCACUAUUGAUAAACUUGUAUUAUCCAUAAAUGUUACUAUGAUGAAUCCUUCUGAUUUCAAUAUUUCAAUUGGUAAUAUUAGCUUUAUUAUGGGCGCUGAAGAUGCUGCUCUUGGUCUUGUUGUAUUAGACAAUCUUUCCUUAACACGUGGUCAGAAUACUGUCAUAGCUACUGCCACUCUUGACUCCAAGUCUACAAAUAUUGGCCAGAAUCUUUUAAAUAGUUUCAUUAUGGGCAAUAAUAAUGCUAUUAAAAUUUUGGGUCAUAGUAAUUCAACAAAUAUUGCUUCACUUGUGAAUCCAUUGAGCGAUAUUAAUAUUGGUUCCACUCUUCCUGGUCUCAAGGAAUCCUUAAUUAAAAGUGGCGCAUUAACUAUACUUAGCGAUACCGUUAUUACAGGUAUUGCUGGGGUCAAAGUAUCUAUUGCAAACCCUUUUAGUGCUGAUUUAUCCAUCUCAAAGGUUACUGCUGCUGCUACAUUUAAGGGUAUGCCUAUAGGUAAAAUCGAUCAAGAUAUUAGCAGCAACACUUUUAUUGUACCUGGUAAAGGUACUGCAGAAUCUCAAUAUUUAAGUAUGAAUAUGAAUAUUGAACCUGCUUCAAUUGCACUACUACUUCGUACACUUGCUAUUGAGGCUAAUUUGGAUAAUCGUGCUCUCGAUGCCUUACUAGGCUUAGGUGAUUUUCAAAUUGUUGGCCAAGAAACUAUUGUAGCGGACUCUAGUCUAUUCUCUGAUUUUAAUAUUUCAUCUUAUGUCAUAGAUGCUAUGAAGGCAUUAAAAGUUGAUAUAUCACUUUUUUCAAAUAUACAGAUAGGGGAAUAUUUGGAUGAAUUGGUUUUAUCUCAAAGUGGUGUAGCUAUUUCUACUGAUAAUUCUAUCACUCAAUUAAUUCCACUUGUAGGGCAACCAAUUGUACAGCAAAUUGUUGAUGGUUCUGUGUUAGCUUUUAAAACUAUUGUUCUAUCUUCUCCUACUAAUGAUAAUUUUAUUGUUCGAAUGAGAGGCAGCAUUACCAAUACUGGACCAAUGGAUGCAAUUAUUAGUUUUCCUACAUCUUUAAAAGUUUUUUGGCAGGGAGAAAUCCUUGGUACAGUGACUAUGCCAGAUAUCCAUACCAAGGCUGAUUUUGGUGCCUCCUUUGACGUUAAAGGCAAAUUUAGUAUUGCAAAUACAGAUGAUAUGUCACGAUUUGCUGCUUAUCUUAUUAAUAAUGAUGAUUUUAUUUGGGAUAUUACUUGUGAAGAUGUUAAUGUUAAUGCGCUUGGUUUUACGUUUUCGAAAAUAAAGAUGGACAAGUCCAUUUCUUUAACUGGUGCAAAUGGUUAUAAAAACGCAGUUACUAUUAAUUCAUUUGACUUACCUUCAAAUGAUCCUAAUGGAGGUAUCACUCUUCUUGCUGAAACAACUAUCGAAAAUCCCAGUCAAAUUGGCUUUGAUCUUUCAUGUGUUGCCUUUGAAACAUUUUAUAAGGAUGUUAAUCUGGGUCCACUUGCUUCUGAUGGUGUUGCUGUAUUCCCAGCCAAGGGUAUUGCAAGCAUCUCUAUGAAAGGCAGAUUAAUUCCCCAAAAUUCUCUUGAUAGUAUCACAGCUGUGACUGAGGUCUUUGAAAAUUAUCUAAAUGCUAAAGAUUCUUUGCUAGAUGUGAAGGGUGUUUCAGCAUCUGGACCAGAUGGUCAAGUUAAGUGGCUUUCUUCUGCAUUUCAAACAUUAGUCAUUGAGAAUGUAAUCUUACCUGGUCCAAAAAGUAAGCCAGAGCUAAUCCCUGCUAUUACACUUAAAGAUAUGUCACUCGAUUUUACUAAAGACUUUUGGGCACCAUCUGCAAGCUCAAAUAAUGUACAAGCUCAACUUAAGAACCCUUUUGGUUUCCCUCUUAGUGUUAAUAAACUUGAUAUGAAUGUUGUUGCCAAUUACAAUGGACAAGAAGUUGCUUCGCUUAAGGUUCCUACAGAGAAGGCUACUACUAGCUCAACUGGCUUAGUUAUCACCCAAUUUAGUAAUAUUCCCUUCAAGGUUAUUGAUAAAACUGCUUUUGCUAGAUUUGUUCAAUUGUUAACUAUGAAACAAAGUACCACUUUUGGGUUAAGAGGUAUUUCUGAUGCUGUUGCUCAAACUGGAAUUGGAAAACUUAAUCUUAGAAAUAUCGAAUUUGAUGUUAGUACUAAACUUGAUGGUUUUAAUAAUUUUGGAGGAAAAAUAACAAUCCUUUCUAUUGAUGUUAUUGAUGGUACACCAGAAUAUACUCUCAUUAAUCUUAAAUUUUCGCUUUAUAACCCAUCCAACAUUACUAUUACUUUGGGUGAUAUCAAUUUUGACGUUAUCAUGAAUGAGUGCAAUGCUGUCGUUGGUCAAGUUUAUGUCAAAGAUACUGUUAUACCACCUGGCUCAAAGAUAUUUAAUGCACAAAUGCAUCUGGGCGAAAAUAGUACAAAUGAUAAAACUAUUGGACAGCUAUUCAGCAACUUCUUGACUUCUGCUAUAACUCCUUUAACAAUUGCAGGUUCAUCCGAUUCUACAGCGAUAGUGCCUCUUCAAUCUGCCUUAUCAUCAGUCAAACUAUCUACAGAGUUAGAUGGUAUUGCUGCUAAUUUAAUUAGUCAUGUUGCUGUCAAAGGUAGCAUUAUCGGGCUCAUAAUUAAAAAAGAAGCUGAAUCUGUUAUUACACUUCAGAAUCCACUGAAUGUUCCAUUUUCUAUUAAAUCUAUACAGGCUUCCGUUGUAUUUCAUCCAAGUUCUGGGGCUUCAUCUUUUACAGUUGGUACAAUUGACUAUAACUUAACUAGUCUUUCUACAGUUCCUGCCAAAGACUCAGCAACAACAAAUGAAUGGCCUGUAGCUAUUAUUGGUAGUGGUGUUGAGCAUUUUAUGCAACUGAUAGAACUACUUCUUGAUCCUAAUAAAUAUUUUGAUGUAGAGCAAAAUAUCACUGUUAUUGUGGGAAAUAAUGGCUAUGAAACGCAAAUGUAUUAUUAUCAAAAUAAGGUCCCCUUCAGUAUCCAAAUUGAUAAUCUUCCUCCAAUUGUCAUUACCACUAAUUCCCUUUCCAAUUUAUCUCUUCCGUCCAACAUUACAUCAAUUACUGAUCAAAACGUACUUGAACAAAUGGUCAAGAAUAUUUUAGCAGGCAAUGUAAAUGAAUCUGCAUCAAAAGCUGGUAGUACUAUUACUACUUCAUCAACAUUUUGA